AGUCUUGCACAGGUAUACCGGCUCCUCCCCUUCAGUCUUGCACAGGUGUACCUGCUCCUCCCCUUCAGUCUUGCACAGGUGUACCGGCUCCUCCCCUUCAGUCUUGCACAGGUGUACCUGCUCCUCCCCUUCAGUCUUGCACAGGUGUACCGGCUCCUCCCCUUCAGUCUUGCACAGGUGUACCGGCUCCUCCCCUUCAUUCUUGCACAGGUGUAUCGGCUCCUCCCCUUCAGUCUUGCACAGGUGUACCGGCUCCUCCCCUUCAGUCUUGCACAGGUGUACCUGCUCCUCCCCUUCAGUCUUGCACAGGUGUACCGGCUCCUCCCCUUCAGUCUUGCACAGGUGUAUCAGCUCCUCCCCUUCAGUCUUGCACAGGUGUACCGGCUCCUCCCCUUCAGUCUUGCACAGGUGUACCUGCUCCUCCCCUUCAGUCUUGCACAGGUGUAUCGGCUCCUCCCCUUCAGUCUUGCACAGGUGUAUCGGCUCCUCCCCUUCAGUCUUGCACAGGUGUACCGGCUCCUCCCCUUCAGUCUUGCACAGGUGUACCGGCUCCUCCCCUUCAGUCUU